AUGCACGUCCUCGGCAACAUCGGCCAUGGCUUCAGCCAAAGGCGAAAGACACACAAGCCCAAGGACCUGCACAUCCGCAAGAUUUCCUUGUCCGGAAGCUCCCUUUCGUCCGGCAGCUCAUUCUCAUCCUCGUCUUCCACAGCCACAAUGCGAACAUGCUCAUCCGCCCGAACCCCAACGGGCCUCGACCCUCUCAGCUCACACCCAACCUUCAGUCCGCCUCCACGGCUACACGACAGGCCGCUCAUCAGUCCUGAGCGAUGCCAUCAUCACCAGCAAGUGUCGACCUUCUUGGACGACUCUACCGACGACGAGGUGGACGGAGACUACACCGUUGCCAAGGCGCUGCACUUGUCCCACCCCGCCGAGGCGACGACGAUGCUGCCGCCGCCGCACCCGUUUACUCUGGGCGGCGACGACGCCUUGACAUGGACGGAGCCGUCCAACCCGCUGGACUACUUUACGCUGCAGCCGGCCAGCAAACGCCCGCCCCUGCCGCGCUCGCGCUGGUCCGAGUCCACCAUCCAGACGCUGGACCUCGACCUCGACCCCGAACUGGACCAGGACCUCUCCUCGGCAGACGACGACGUCGUCACGACACCCGACUCCGAGGUCCAUGUUCCCCUGGAGACGGAGAUUCCCAAUUUUAGCCACAAGCGCAGCGUCUCUACACCCAAGCGGCCGCCCAUGAGGUCGCUCGAUAGCCUGGAGGACCUGAUUAAACGAAGCGGAUGGAAGAGACGGGGCGUCGUGUUUAACGAGAGCGAUGCGGAAGAGGACAUUUGA